AUGCGCGACCUUGACCCUGACCCUGACCCUGAAGAUGAUGAAGCAGGUGCACUCUGCAGGGGAAAACAGAAGGAUGUCAGCAGUCCGCGGCGAAUACUGUCGUAUACCUCCAUAAUAAAUAAAUGCAUAAAUGAAGUGGUGCAAAGAAGAAAUGAACAGUCACAAGGGGAAAAUGGUUUAAUGAUCAACUAUAUAGACAGCAGAGAAACUAAGUUUCUAAUUUACAUAAUUCCUACGUACAAGGGAAAAUUAGUCCCCCAAAACGAAAAAGAUAAAAAAAGAAAAGAAAAAGACAAGGCUCUUACCAGAGGUAUGCCUCUUGUUGCCCUUUCUUCCAAAAACCUUGAUGGUUUGUAG